CUCCCGCCCCCGCCCGCCCCCUGCUCCUGGCGCGGCGCUGCCUGCGCGCUGCUGGCUAAGCUGCGCGGCUCUGCGCGGCGCGGAGCUUGCUUUGUGCCCGUGAUCGCGGCAGGACGGCCCGAAGAGUUUAUUUUGAGAACAAAAGGAACCUUGUGUGCAAAGUAUACCAUUAUAGAAAGCAACUUGUUAAACCAUGGAAGAGUUAAUAGUUGAGCUGCGACUCUUUCUUGAACUUCUGGACCAUGAAUAUCUGACUUCCACUGUCAGAGAGAAGAAGGCAGUAAUAACUAACAUUCUCCUGAGGAUACAGUCAUCAAAAGGUUUUGAAAUGAAAGAACAUGUGCAGAAACCAGAAGUUGCCAGCAGCUUGCCAGCACCUCCUCAAAUGCCUCUGCCAGAAAUACCUCAGCAGUGGCUGCCACCAGAUAAUGGGCCUCCACCAUUACCGACUUCUUCCCUUCCUGAAGGCUAUUAUGAAGAGGCAGUGCCACUUAGUCCUGGGAAGGCUCCUGAAUAUAUCACUUCCAAUUAUGACUCUGAUGCUAUGAGCAGCUCUUACGAAUCCUACGAUGAAGAGGAAGAGGAUGGAAAGGGGAAGAAAAUGAGACAUCAGUGGCCUUCUGAGGAGGCCUCUAUGGAUCUGGUGAAGGAUGCCAAAAUUUGUGCCUUCCUACUUAGAAAGAAACGAUUUGGGCAAUGGACCAAACUACUGUGUGUUAUCAAAGAAAACAAACUACUGUGUUACAAAAGUUCCAAGGACCAGCAGCCCCAGAUGGAGCUCCUCCUGAAUGACUGCAGCAUCACCUACAUCCCCAAAGACAGCAAAAAGAAGAAACACGAGCUGAAAAUCUCACACCAAGGAGCAGAUGCACUAGUUCUGGCAGUGCAGAGCAAAGAGCAGGCGGAGCAGUGGCUGAAGGUUAUAAAAGAUGUGUGCAGCAACUGUACAGGCACUGUGGACUCUGACGGGCCAUUGUCUAGUUCUCCAGUACACAAGACAGAGCUGGAAAAGAAGUUGUCAUCUGAGAGACCAAGCUCAGAUGGAGAGGGUGCUGUGGAAAAUGGCAUCACCACAGUGUGCAAUGGGAAAGAACAAGUGAAGAGGAAAAAAAGUUCAAAAACAGAAGCCAAGGGCACUGUGACUAAAGUAACAGGGAAAAAAAUAACGAAGAUCAUUGGUUUAGGAAAGAAAAAGCCAUCAACAGAUGAACAGACCUCAUCAGCUGAAGAAGAUGUUCCAACAUGUGGAUAUCUAAAUGUGCUCUCAAACAACCGCUGGCGUGAGCGCUGGUGCCGAGUGAAAGAUAAUAAACUCAUUUUCCACAAGGACAGGACAGAUCUGAAGACGCACAUUGUUUCUAUCCCUCUCCGUGGAUGUGAAGUUAUCCCAGGACUGGAUUCGAAGCAUCCCCUGACCUUCCGGCUGCUUCGAAACGGGCAGGAGGUUGCUGUGCUUGAGGCAUCCUCCUCUGAAGACAUGGGCAGAUGGAUAGGGAUGUUGCUUGCAGAAACAGGAUCUUCAACAGACCCUGGAGCUCUGCACUAUGACUACAUCGAUGUGGAAAUGACGGCAAGCGUCAUCCAGGCUGCAAAACAGACCUUCUGUUUUAUGAACAGACGAGUUAUAUCCACAAAUCCAUACCGGGGAAGCACUGCCAACGGCUAUGCAUGUCCGAGUGGAAUGGCACUUCAUUACGAUGAUGUUCCCUGCAUAAAUGGAUCGUGGGAACCAGAAGAUGGCUUUCCUUCUUCUCGUAGCAGGAACUUGGGAGAAGAAAUGCUUUAUGAUAACGCAGGCCUGUACGAUAACUUGCCGUCUCCAAAAAUCUUUGCGCGCUAUCCGCCAGCUGACAGGAAAACCAAUAGGUUAUCUACUGACAAACUCUCCUCUAACCAUUACAAACACCCUGUCUCAUCCAAUCUGUCUUCUGCUCAGUCUGUCACUAAUACCUCUGCUGUGGGGAGGGGAUCUGUCUCGCAGUUUAAAGGCAAGAAACCUCCUGCAACUGCUAACGGGAUCACUGGAAAAGUGAGAACAUUAAAUAGCCAACCGAAGAAACCUGAAUCAGUGUCGUGUGUGAAGCGCACAGCAUCCAAUGCAGAACAGUACAAAUACGGCAAGAACCGUGUGGAGGCUGAUGCAAAGAGGCUACAGAGUAAAGAAGAGGAACUGCUAAAGAGGAAAGAAGCGCUGCGGAAUAGGCUGGCCCAGCUCCGAAAAGAAAGAAAAGAUCUACGUGCUGCCAUCGAAGUCAAUGCUGGCAGGAAGACUCAAGUGAUUCUUGAAGACAAGUUAAAGAAGCUGGAAGAGGAAUGUAAGGCGAAGGAGGCUGAGCGUGUAAACCUGGAGCUAGAACUGACUGAGGUGAAGGAGAGCCUUAAGAAAGCCUUGGCUGGUGGCAUCACACUGGGCUUGGCUAUUGAGCCCAAGUCAGGAACAUCAAGCCCGCAGUCUCCAAUUUUCAAGCACCGAACUUUGGAAAACUCCCCAAUCUCCAGUUGUGAUACCAGUGACACUGAGUGCUCAAUACCUGUGAACAGUGCAGCAGCUCUGAAGCGACCUCCCUCGUCAAAUAAUUCUCCAUGUCGGGGGCAUGUACUUCGAAAAGCAAAGACAGUGCAACCCAAGCUGUGCUCAGCCCGUUCGCCAGGAGCAGCAGCCAAAUCCUGCCAUCAGGAAUGGGAGAUGAAAAAUGGAACAUAAGUACAGCAAAACCACUAUUCCAUAAAGGCCUUACCUAUUGUGGACCACAACAUAGGCUACAAAGGACUCAUCCAGUGUAUCAAAUGAUACAACAUAAGAGAUUUUGUAAUUCUGUUAAGUUAAUGGUAGCUUGGCGCUAAUUUGCCUGUAUUCCCUCUACUGUAUUGCUGUGUAACUACACGUGUCCCUUUUUAUUACCUGUAACUCUUUAUUUCCAACUUCACUGGUAACGAAAAUGGAAACGAAAAAGCAAACCAACCAUAGUAAGUAAAAAGAGGCAUAUAGUUGCAAUUGAAAGUUUACUUUGCUGAAACAGUAUAGACCAGCAAUGUGAAUUACAUUGCAUCAGAUGUCCUGAACAGCACUGCAGACUGGUGCAUUAUUUAAGACAGAUAUGAACUCAUUUCAGAUAAGUGCUCUCACAGGUAACGCUGCUUUGGAUAGCACUGCGUGCCACAGAGGUAGCUGAGCCAAGUGGUUACAUUGCUAUUAGUGGUCCACGUGGCAAAAGAAAACUGAAGAAAUGGCUUCACAUGAAUGGCAUGACUUGCUUUGCCUGGGAAGUAGGGAGUUCUUCAUAGCUGCUGCCUUGAUGGCGGUGAGAGUCAGUGGAAUGACACAACUCAGCUGUGAAGAGUUUUCAGAUGCUUGUUAAGAUAGAUAGAUGUUUUUGUCAUUGGGAGAUAAAAAGCUGCCACGCGUCGAAAAAAAUCCAUUCUAGUACAUUAGCUUUAUUCUGAGGCACCAGUCAUUUUCAAAAGUUGUUGUCUAGCAGUGAUUCAUUACUGAUUUUGUUAGAAGGCAGACAGGUAUUUUUAGAUAUUGCUUCUUUUCUAUACUUUUUGAAAAAGAAAAAGAAAUGUAAUUGAAAUUAAUCCUCAACAGAUAAUGGCAACUCAGAAUAGCUUAUGAGGUCAGUCUUGUUUUAAAAAUAUAGUAUUGUUAAACUUGAGUUAUAGAACACUGCUGUACUUCGUUUCCUUCACCUUUUCAGACCUCAGCUAUUAUUUUUGAGGAAGACGAGACUGAAAGGAUGAUUAUUUCAAGGCUUCUAUAAACAUUUUUACAAAGAAUUGGGGAUUUUCUCAGACAGAAGUCUGAUUACUAGGAAAUAGUAUCUUGUAUUUUAGUCUGUAAUAUUAUAGAAAUUUGUUCAUCUUUGUUUCUAUCCAUGUCACUCCUGUGAAAUUAUAUGCAUUAAAUUGGCAGCUGAAGCCCUUCAAAAUCUCAAGAUUGGCAUAAAAGUGAGAGGAAAACAUGUAAUGAAUUGGGGUUUUUGUUAUCUUGGUUUUUUUAAGCCUCUGGAGAGCCUUCAAUCAUAUUCUCAAGAUUUUUCUCCUCAUCUGUGAAGAUUAGAAAACUAAUUUAAAAAAUUGAAAUACUACUCAUAUUUUGAGAUAAUCAGAGAAGUAAGGGCUGGAAUCUUGACAGAUAGUUAAGACUUGCAAUUAAAAUCACAGAAGCUGGCAAAACAGUAGUUAUCAAGGUAGAAAAUCUCUUUCUGUCCUCGGCCUGCAGGUUGCCUCCUCCCUUUAGGAAGAGGUGUAAGUCCUGAAGCCUACACAGGUUGUGACAGCUGACAUGGUCAGCUGAGCAUUCAGCUCCUUCCUGACCUGGUGCACCAGAGGAAUUCCUGUGGGAGCUGUUUGGAUCAGCAAGCCCAGGGCCCCAGUGCAGAGCUAUCAGAAAGUCCCGGCACAUGGCAGCUCCCUCCAGUCAGGCCACCAUGAAUGCCAAGUGCUUUUGAAAAGUGGGUCCAUAGUGGUCCACAUAUAAGGGCUAAAUCUUGUUCCCAAAUGCAGUCAGGGAUCUCAUUGGCCUUAGCAGAGGAGAAAUGGGGCUCAAAAUUAGAAAAGGCUCUUUGCUUCUUGGGACUGUGCUUUGCACAAAGUGCCACAAGAAUGCAAAUACAAUAGGAAGCAAAUAUCAGUGUGAUUUUCUAUGAAACCAGGAUAUUUUCUUUAAUAUUAGUUUAGGUCUGCUUACUUAUUAAUUCUAUAAGUGGAGAGUACAAUCCAUACUGUAUGACUACGGACUAAGCAGUAUCAAGUUCCCAUAAAUUUUAGCAGAAAUAAAUUUGAAGCAAAAGUAAGUUCAUUUAGGCUUUUUAUUUCAAAUUAAGUUAUUUAUUUGUAUAUUUCAAUAAAUAUUUAUUUUAUAUCUGUACAUAUUUAUGAUGCAAAUUAGGCUUCUAGUCAACAUUUGUAAGGAUGUAACAGUUGCCAUUAAGUGGUCCCACAUCAAGUAAUGCAGAGUAAUCAAAAGUAAUCAAAAUCAAUUCCUUUGAGUCAGUCUUAUAUACCCAGUAUUGGUGUUGUAUCUUCCAUCCCCUUUCGCCUGUCCUCCUGCAAAGGGUCCUUAAAGCCAUCCACCCUCCCCCCAGUCCCGUACUAUAAUUGUGUGUUCCUAAUGUAUAAACACAUCGGUAACACUGCAAUUAUCCUUUACUGACAUAUCUAUUCUAUAUAAUAGCCAAGGUUUUGAAAGGACGAAACAAAAAGUAGAAACAACUCUGGAAAUAACCUCUUAGACCACACCCAGUGCUGUGAAAUAUGUUCCAUUUUGUUUAAUAGUACUGUUGCUGUGCAUUUGAUAUAAAAAGCAACAGAGUUUGUAUUUUCCACAUUUUUAUGAUUUCAGGAUCACCAGACAAAGUCAGAAAUAGAGCAGUAUGACUUUUUUAAGGGAAAAAUAUUGUAUUUUAAGCCAUUGCAUUUCUAUGUCUUUUGAGAAAAUGUUACACUUGUGCUUCCUCAAACUCUUGUUACUGUACCAGGUGCUUUUAAAAUUUUUUUCUAAUAAAUAGGUGAUGAUUUUUUAAAGAAAACAUCAUAAUCUUGGGGGAUCAAAUGUGUUUUUUUAAUGAGAUGAUUGUGGCGAUUUGAUUUUUCAGAUGGAGAUUACUUAAUUUAGUAUUUUUUUUUUCAUUUAAGACACUUUCAAACUAAUUGGCCCAGGCUGUGUGUUGUAAGAUAAUGUUCUCAUAUUAAGAAUGUAAUUAUUUCCUUAUUGUAUUUUUUAAAAACAAAAUCAUAUUUAAAAAUCUCUGUGAAAAAAGCAUGAAAGAAACAUGAAAAAAGUUUUUGUUUUAUUUUUGUUAUUGGAUAUGUUGGCAGUGCCCAUUAUAAUUGACUGUAAAUAGAGUCUUUCUACUGUAUUUCUCAAUGUAUUUAAUUUUGGGUUUUUUUGGCACACAUUCACGGAAACUUCUGUAAAAAAAAAAUGUUCAAAACAGACCCAUUUACAAAUGUGUGUCUUAGUAGCUUCAACUAACUUUAUGCCUUUCUAGUUUAUUCUUCAGAAAGUCUUGCAGAGUGUGAAAAAAGACAGGCACCUGGUAGGUGCGACAGAUCUAAGACCAUUAUUAAUAAAGUUACAUGUCAUAAAGAUGUA